GUGACCCCACCCCUGCCUUCUCUCCCUACAUAUCUUAUUAACUUUAACGAGCCUCGUUAAGAUCACAAUAAUAUUCCACCCACUAAUUGCUCAUUCCAUUCAACAAAUAGACGAGUCUCUUCUUCGACUUCACGCGAGUCAAGGGAGGGAGGGUGCUGUUGAGAUUGGAGUUCCUGAUAACCCCCCGUGCGAGCAGCAGAAGUGGUGAAAGCCUCUACGUGCUGGCUAAUGAUUGGCACGCUUGACAGUGAUUGGCAGGGCUGCCAUGACAACCCUACAACGACACCAAGAAGACCAAUAGAAAAGCGAAACAAAAUAUUUCAAUGCUACACUCACGGUGGAUUUAGGGGGAGAUAUUAUGAGGCUGGUGUCAUUAGGCGAUAGCUAUUGAAUCAUUCAAUCCGCAUACGUCGUUCUUUUUCUCCUUCGCAAAUUUCACUCUCUCUCAGGUCAUUUCCAUGGUUUUCAGAUCGCCUUUAGAGCUUUAUCCCUCACAUUUCUUCCUGCCAAACUUUGCUGAUCGCCCUUUGCUCCUGGCGAGCAGUGCGCCCAGCACCAGGUCUCCCGAAGACUUGUCAAUGUUUCAGCUACCGACCCUAAACUUCUCUCCGGAGCAAGUGGCGAGCGUCUGCGAGACGCUGGAGGAGACCGGGGAUAUCGAGCGGCUGGGUCGCUUCCUAUGGUCGCUUCCAGUGGCACCGGGUGCUUGCGAGGCGAUCAACAAGCAUGAAGCCAUCCUACGUGCCCGGGCUGUGGUUGCCUUUCACACGGGCAAUUUUCGUGAUCUCUAUCACAUUCUGGAGAACCACAAGUUUACCAAGGACUCGCAUGGUAAACUACAAGCGAUGUGGCUUGAAGCUCACUAUCAGGAGGCCGAGAAAUUACGCGGACGUCCCCUAGGACCGGUUGAUAAAUACAGGGUGCGAAAGAAGUUUCCCCUGCCUAGAACCAUCUGGGACGGUGAGCAGAAGACGCAUUGUUUCAAAGAGCGGACGCGGAGUCUGUUACGGGAGUGGUACCUUCAGGACCCCUACCCAAACCCCAGCAAGAAAAGGGAACUGGCUCAAGCCACUGGACUCACUCCUACACAGGUCGGAAAUUGGUUUAAAAACCGGAGACAACGAGACAGGGCAGCGGCAGCAAAAAACAGGCUCCAGCAUCAAGCAAUAGGGCAGAAUGGCAUGCGGUCCCUUUCAGAAUCCGGCUGCACCCCACGCAGUUCGGCGGAGUCGCCUUCAACAGCGGCUAGUCCCACGACCAGUGUCUCGAGCAUGACAGAGCGAGUCGACACGGGCACGUCAAUUCUUUCAGUAACAUCAAGUGACUCGGAAUGCGACGUAUGAUACGCAAAAGAGAAAUAUAUAGCCUACAGGAAAAAGGACCUAAAUAAACUUUAUUAAUUAUCGGGGAUGAUGAACAAGGACCAAUUGAUAUAACUGUUAUAAAAGAAAAGCAUAAAAGCACGCCUUUUUUUCAAGCGCUUUCAAUGGACCCCACACCACCUUCUCCUACCCCAUCACUUGCAUGAUUUAUAUAUAUAUAUAUAUAUAUAUAUAUAUAUAUAUAUAUAUAUAUAUAUAUAUAU